GCAUUUAACAUGAGAGGAAACAGUUUGAAAGGAAUUAAUAAUGACUGAAUAAUAUUAAGGAUGAUUAAAACUAAGCCAAGCUUCAUUGUUGCGGUAAAGUCAAAGUAAGGCAGUGCUGAUAUAAAUGCUGUUUUUCAGCCCGUGCUGAAGGUCCUGCAGGUCCUGGAUUUGGGGGGAAACCUGCUGGGGAACGAGGGGAUGCAGGUAAUCAGGGAGCCUCUGAUGGCGAACUGCUCGCUGCUGGAGCUCGGCUUGGCCCGGGCCAAUGUCACGUGUGAAGGUGCUGUGGCAUUGGCAGAGUUCCUUGCAGAGAGUCGUCAGAUUCUGCGGCUGGACCUCCGUCAGAAUGAAGUAAAGCUUGGCGGCCUGAUGGCUUUGUGCCUAGCCUUGAGGAUCAACCGGUCUCUUGCUUGCCUGGAUGUGGACCACAUACCCCCGCAGGAGCAGGACGGAUUUCUGCUGGAGACUCAGACGAUGUUCCAGUCAGAAAUCACCCAGCACUGCCUCGCCAACGCCGCCCGCUCCCUCCUCGCCGCGGACAAGUCUGGGCCUUUAUGAGCACAUAGCGUGACAACGAUCUGAGCGCUCACACACUCACAGGAGGAAUAACGGCUGAGCUUGUACAGAUCAGCUCAGAAAGCGCUCAUGGAUUCAGUCACACAGACGCAAAGUCCCAGAGUCCCCAAGCCAAACAGCUGACGAGCAGAUAUAUGCGAAUAAUAUUUCUAUCCCAAAUAAUGAUAACCAUAAAACUCUAAAUCCGGGUAAUAAAGGCAGAGUGGAGCUCCUUAAUGAAACGCCGGCCUCCCCGCUGCUUCCCGCCUAAUGUUCCCGCCGAGCCGCUCGCCACUUUCCAUAAAGCAAUUUUGCAAGCCCACUUCAAUCGUGAAUCACCAAGAAAUGAAGAGAAGUGCCCCCCCCCAGCCCCAAGCCCCCUGAAGCCCCCCACCAUAACCCCCUCCUCUCCCUACAAGAAUCACGCUGGACUCCUGUGUGCGUGUGUGUGCGUCUGCGUUGCAAACCCCUGUUUGCCGGCGUUCCAUCAUCACUUAAUGUUUAAAGUGAUGCAUGGUGGGAUGUUCCUCGGAGGUGUGUGUGUUAGUGUCAUUACCCUGACAGAGGUAGCAGCCAUGAACUCAGCCAAGUUCCAUCUGGAUUAAUGAGCUGAGAAGCAGGGAGACGUUGAGCAGAGUGAAAGCAGCAAACACAGAGGUGUGUCUGUAAGAAGCACUAUGCGGAUUAUCAGGGGUCUGCUAUACAUUGUUGCCCAUUUGGCGAUAGUACGGACCUUUUUCUCAACACGCAGGAAGGACCCGACUUGGAGGUCUAACAACAAGUCACAUGUUUAUUAGAGUUGAACAGUCUCCUAAUCAUCAUAAGAGAAUGAUAUUUGUAACAGUUGCUGGUUCGGCUCAGGUCCCCUCCGGGUCUACUGUCUGACAGGGGGGACAGUGGCCUGCUGCUUCAGAUCCAAACGUGAACACUUGUAGCCAAGAAACGUUUGCCACCUGUAAGGCGUCGUCUUAAGGGGACACAGGAUAGUUCAAGUGGGCCAAAGAACCAUGACUUGUUCCACUGCAUCCAGCGCCAGACGCACCAACUAGUGGGCUACUAAGGCGCAGUGGAGAACCCGUUGUCCUUCCAUCAGAAGGCUGGCGGUUUGAAGCCCAGCUUCGCUAACGCGCAUGUCGGUGUAUAAAGACUAAACCCAACAUUGCCCCUGUAGCUCUAUGCUGUGUGAAUGUUAGUUGCUGAUGGGCAGGUGUCACUGUGUACGGUAGCUCCCGUCAUCAGGGUGUGAAUGAUGACAUGUAGUGUUAAGCAGCUUUGAGUGGACUAGAAAAGGGAUAAACAGUUAAUUUAUCUACUGUAGGACUAAUCCAUGAAUCAAUGGUUCACCAAUGUGGGGCAGCAAAGGUCAACCUGAUGAUUAUUGGAGGGAAAAAAGACAACAAAACCAUAACCCCAUAAAAUUAAAGGUUUUCCUGUUUGCGCUAAUAUUUUUUGCACUGGAUCAUUUGACUUUAGGUCUAGAUUGAAACAAAAGUCAUCCUUUCACUUCUAUGCAUUAUGAUGCGAUGCGGCUUGCUGCAUGCAGUGUCACUGGUAGUAACAGUGUCAGACAUGCAGUGGGCUGUGUUGUUACUGCAGCCCCUGUGGAUGUGGACGUCUGAUGGACAGAUGAGAUCAGAAGGGUGGAUUCAGCAGGGGAGAUGGCUGCCUUCCCUAUGUGGGAUGUGAGAUCCCCCCCUGCCCCCCAACACACACACCUUCCAGCUGUGGAUGUGAUUUUCUUGUGUUUUGUGUGGAAGCAGACUGACGGCAGCAUUUGGCCGCCAAUGUGACUGGAUCCCAACGUUACCUUAUGUCUCACCUCCUCGCCUUCAUCCACCCCUUCAUCAUUACCCAUGUGGACAUGGCGGCCUCCCAACCUCACUUCCCUCCAGCCAAUGUGGCCCUGAUACUGGUUUCAAGCUUAAACCCAUUGGACCCUCCCCCCCCCCUGAAGCCUGGGAGAUCUGAACCUGAUCCAGUACCGAUGGCAGAGGCAGAGGAGGCAGAUGCCUGGGCAGUGGGGGUAGGGCAGCGUCCAUGACGUCUACUUUAUCAUUGUUAGGAAGGAGUGAGGGCAAGGCAUGAAUAUCAGCAAACACACACACAUGCAAUGUGCAAAAUAAAGUAAGUUGCAUCCUUGGAUGUACUGCAGCCUUUAUAUUUCAAUUUUUCAUUUGCUUUCUAACCUCCAAAACUAGUAUUGAGUGAGUGACAGUCACGAUCAAUUGUCUGUUUAAGGAACACAUGUUGAAUAAUUCCUGCUAAGAGAAUGCAAAUGAGAGAAGAUAACGACAGUCAGAGAUGCAGUCAAAGUGCAUAACAUGUCAUGUGA